AUGCUUUUGAAACCGGGUUUUGUUCAGUUUCAGCAACUGAAGCUUGGUGAGACUCCACAAGGGCUCGGUGAAGGGCCCUUCUAUUUUCCAGGUGGUAAUCAGUUCAUUAGCAAGGGAUUUAGCCAUCCGACAAACCAGGUAAAACGUGGCACUCCUCCGCGAUUUGGUCGAUUCCAGCCGGACUUGCCGCCCCCACAACAGCAGCCAUUUAAUGGGUACUCAUACAUGACUCCUUGGUUUAUGGCCGCUGCGGCUGGAGGUACUUCUAAAUCAUCCGACGGGAUCGGGAUUUUUGGUGCCCCUCCUGAAAAUGGUCAUUUUGACCACUUUAACAACAAUCAAAGAGGCUACCAGCGUCGACCUUACCGUGGAAACAACGUCUACAAUGGCCAAACAAACAACAAUUCAUCUUCGACAUGGAGUUUUAGUUUCAAAACCGAGGAAGAGCUUUUUUGUAACAACACUCCGAAAGCCAACAUUAACUUGGAACUCUAUGACAGUAUACCCGUAAAACAGUCCGGGCCUGAUUGGACAGCUAUUGAUCCGCUUACUUCUUUCACUGAUGUACAGUUGAAUAGUGUCCUUGUGGAAAAUAUAGAGCGUGCACAAUAUGUCCACCCAACACCAGUGCAAAAAUAUGCACUUCCGAUUGUACUGGCGAAGCGAGAUCUUAUGGCUUGUGCUCAGACAGGUUCUGGAAAGACGGCUGCCUUCCUACUGCCCAUUCUCCACAUGAUGUUGGAAAAAUCAAAGAAUAUCGAAAACGCAGAAGAUUCGGUGCGUACAAUUUACAUUUCAGGAACUCAUGUCGAUGGCGUUUUGCAUUCAUGCAUUUCUGCACCAUACACCCGUCAAGUGGAUAUCUUGCCUGAUCUCAUCAUAAUGUGUUCUGCUUCAUUGCAGAAGUCCAAGGGAAACCAAUCAGUGCAGGCGGGCAUAGCGAGUCCCACGUGUCUUAUUCUGGCACCAACUCGAGAACUCUCUUGUCAAAUCUUCGACGAAGCACGUCGGUUCGCCUACCGGUCGGAAAUAAAACCUUGUGUGGUCUACGGUGGCGCUCCCGUAAACAAUCAAUUACGCGAUUUAUCACGUGGCUGCGAUCUUCUUGUUGCCACACCUGGCCGCCUCGUCGAUGUGAUUGGUCGAGAGAAGGUUACUCUCGAGAAUGUUAAUUUCCUUGUUUUGGACGAAGCGGAUCGAAUGUUGGACAUGGGUUUCGAACCACAGAUCCGCAAAAUCGUCGAACAGAACGGAAUGCCUGACUCCAGCCAGCGCCAGACCCUAAUGUUCUCAGCUACCUUCCCGACUGAAAUACAGGCGAGUUUCAUUUGUUUUUACUGGGCGACUUUGGCGAAGGACUUCUUAAAGAACUACAUUUUCUUGGCCGUGGGACGUGUGGGCAGCACCAGUGAAAACAUCUCUCAGGAGAUCUUCUACAUCCAGGACAGGGAUAAACCCGAGCGCCUCGUCCGUAUUCUUAGGGAAAAAGAACCGUCGGCACUCGCACUGGUCUUUGUGGAGACCAAAAAGGGAGCUGAUCUGUUGGCGAACUACCUGAGCCGCCUGCAGUUUCCCGUGGCCUCCAUCCACGGUGACCGGCCGCAAGCCGAUCGCGAAAGGGCCCUGUCGUCGUUCCGGUCCGGUCGCACGCCUGUGCUCAUCGCCACCGCCGUGGCAGCUCGUGGUCUUGACAUACCCAAUGUCAAACACGUGAUAAACUUUGAUUUGCCCUCCGACAUCGAGGAGUACGUGCAUCGUAUCGGAAGGACUGGUCGUAUGGGGCAGCCCGGCUCGGCAACUUCCUUCUUCAGCGACAGGAAUCAGAACGUCGCACACCAGCUAGUUGAGUUGCUUCGCGAGGCAAAGCAACCGGUGCCCAUAUGGCUCGACCAGCGGGCCACCAGCACGCCAGCCAACAAUCCUCUCGGAGCCAACGGGCGUCGUUACGGGAGUAAUGGGCAAAGUAGAAGGUAG